AUUAUUUUUGCCAAAAUUGAGAGACCAAAACCCAGGUGAAGGUCCUUUCUUUCUUUCCUUCUCUGUGUGCUGGGCACAUCAAACAAACCUUCAAGAGCGUGAACGAUUUUUGGAUUCCUUUUGAAGUCUCAGUCUGCGUCAAAACUCAAUUCAUUCAUCGCUUCUCCGAUCUCCACCUUCUGAUCAAUUCUCCCCUGAUUUUUUGGUCAAACCCAAAAUUAAUUUUUAAUGCAACUAAUAAUUCACAUCAACGAUUGGCCCGUCGCAUGAUCACACUUCCUUUCAUCGCUUUUCGCUUCUGGGUUUUCUGCUUCUUCUCGUGGGUCGGUGUUUUUUGAAAUAAAAAAAAAAUUGAUUUUUUUUCGUCAACUUUUUUGUGUGGUUGGGUUGAAGUGAUGCUGGACUUCAGGGAAGGUUCCAGUGUGAAGGGGCUACUUUUCGGGUUCUGGGGUUUGAGAUUUUGGGGUUAAUUUUGUGGUGUUCGAGAUGCAAGCCAAUAUUGAGUUCGAGGAAGGAGAGGCUUUCUUCUGUUAUAAGGAUGAUGAUGACGACGACAACACUGACCUUGAUUCUCUCUCUUACAUUGAUGAGAGGAUUCAGCAUGCUCUGGGUCAUUUUCGAAAGGAAUUUGAAGGAGGUGUUUCUGCUGGCCGUUUGGGUGCAAAAUUUGGUGACUAUGGCUCCUUUUUACCUACCUGUGAACACUCUCCUCCUUUGCGAUCUUGUUCAAAGACUCCACAAAAGCACAAUAGUUCACCAAAAUCUCCUAGCAAUCUCCACAUGGCGGCUGCAUUUCGUAACUCAAAAGCACUUCCAAAUAUGCCUUUUUCUAUGAGGGUUGGAACUGCUUCCUAUGAAGCUCCACCAUUUCGUAAUAUAAGAGUACCUUCAGCAGAUUACUCAGUAAAGAACACAGAUAUUUCCUCCAAUGAAGUAAUAGAGAAGUUCACUUUGAAAGACUGUGCAAAUAAGUCAGAAAUUUUGACUGACCAAAGAACACUGAAGUUGCGAAUCAAAGUGAAAUCAGAUAUCUUGGCAAAAAAGAAUGCAGCAAUUUAUAGUGGUCUUGGACUCGAUGACUCUCCAUCUCCAUCAAUGGAGAACAGCCAUGAGGAAAGUGAAGAUAUGCCACAUGUAUCUCAAGAAACCCCUGAAGAAUCUCCAACCAGCAUUGUUCAGGUUAUGACUUCUUUCACUAUCCCUGGAGGUGUGCUAAUAUCACCUCUACAUGACAGUCUCCUGUACUUGAUAAGAAAGGAAAAAGCUCUUGGAAACAUCAAACCCAUGUCUUCUCUUAAUGGUAAUUCCGUGUCUAUUAAUGAAUCAGAUUCUUUUGUGGGGGAUGGACAUUUGUUGAAGAAAAGGAAAGUGACAGUGGUGGACCAAAGUCACAAGCAGCAUAUGAAUGGUAACUGUUCUGAGAAUGAUAUGACAUUGCAUACGAAGAAAAAAUUAGGAAAUAGAACUCCGGAUCGUAAGGACUUUCUAUCUAAUGACCUGAGAUGCACUCCACUGUCAAGCUCAAUUUGUGAUGCUGGUGAAACAGCUGAAGUCACUGUUAAGGGUUUUGAAGUAUCCAAGGAGGUUGAUGGUGUGAAAUGUAGAAUGGUUUCCACUGAAGCAGUGAAGGAGGAUUCACUAGAGUCAAUAUCUGGUCAGGAUUUUGACAAGAUUGAGAAGCAAAAUACAGGGAGUGGCUUUAUGAAAAAUGUUUUAGAGCAUAAAAUGAUAAUUUCUCAGAAUAAUAAUUCUACUAAUCCUAAGACUAAUAGCAAGUGUAACACAUUUGCAAUUUCAAAAAGGAUCAAGUGUGAUGCAUUGAAAUGUAAGGUGGAUCAAGAUACUCAAAAGUGUGAAACUAAUCAGGAAGGAAAGGUGAAAUCUGAAAGCAAGAAUGAGUCAAAAGGUGAAAGGAGUCCUGGAAAUGUUAUGACUCUUGCUGAAAAAGAUAGCAUUGGUACUAGUAAUAAUGCAAUGGUAAAUGAUAGAAAGAGAACAAGCAUUGAUGUUACUUCUUUGAAAAGUAAAAUGCAUAAAAUAAAGUCACUGAAGGUUAAUAAGGUCAGAGAUUGUGACAGAGAUUCAUUGAAAGGAAAAAAAUCACAACAGAAAGUUGAUAGAAUAAAUCCAACUGAUGGGCCUACUCUUAAUAAGGCCACAGUAAAUUCUAGCCUUGAUCACGUUGAUAAGAGUGCAUAUAGGGUUAAAGGAAAUGAAAGACCAAGUGGCAAUAAAGUUGUUAACCAGUUGUCAGCUGGGCCAUGUGUAAAAGAUGCACCAGGUGCAUUUCCUAUUGCUGAAAAUAAACCAACUUCUGAAAUGGUUCUGUCAUCAGAAGCAGCAACACCUCAAGUUAUCGAAGAAGAUUGGGUAUGCUGUGACAGUUGCCAGAAAUGGCGGCUUCUACCUAUGGGUUUAAAGCCUGAGCAGCUUCCAGAGAAAUGGUUGUGUAGCAUGCUAUAUUGGCUGCCUGGAAUGAAUCGGUGUAACAUCAGCGAGGAGGAGACAACAAAAGCACUUUAUGCUUUGUAUCAAAUGCCAAUUUCUGAGGGUCAAAAUAACAUGCAAAGCCAUGCCGCUGGACCUGAAACUGGAGUGGGAUCUGUUGAUGCUCUGCAACUUGGCCUGAAUCGCAAAAAGUCCAGUUCUGAUGUAAUGCUUGAUCGAGGAAAGAAGAAACAUGGUAUUAAUGAAAAGACAAGGUCAGGAGUCAAUAAUGACAUGCAUCGGUUGUCAAAUAAUGCUCAAGAGUCUGUUAAAAAUAGAAGCUUGAAUGAGAUGAAUAAGCAGUCUACAGACUCAAACCGUAUAAAGAAAUCUAUUUCUAAACAUUCAAGCAGGUUGAACAAUUUGAUAGAAGAAAAAAACACACCUAAGGUGAAAGAAAAGCAAAUGAAUGGAGGUGACAGAAAUCAUGUUAGAUUGAAACGUAAGAUGGAGGAUAAUCAACAUGGAUCUGGAACUCCUAAGAAAUCUAAGGCUGAAGAUGUUUGCUAUGCUGAUAAACCACUGAAUCCUGGCAUGGAAUUUAAAAAGGUGGGUCUAAUCUCAAGAAAUAGUUUACCAACAAAGGCUAGUGGGAGAAAUAUGAGGAAAUAUGAUGAUUAUUGUUGGUCUGAUGAUCUAGUGGACAAGUUGGUAGUUCCAGUGAAGAAAGGAGACCGGGCACAGUUUUCAUCAGAUGAUGGUUCAUUGGAUGCUACAAACACCAGAAAAAGUGGUUCAAUUAAGAAAAGGAAAAUGGCCGAUUGGCUGGAUAAUGAGAAACAUAACAAAACAUUGUCCUUGGAAGGCAAUAUGCAAUGUGGUAAAGAAGGGAAUGCAAAUAAGAAGGAGAAGAAGUAUAUAGUUUUGAAUACGGAGGCAAAAUCAGUAACUGAAAGGGAUGAUAAAUUGAUUAGAGAAAGUGGGAUGAAGCGAGUUUUCUCUUCAGACAGCAGGGACGAAAUGGCUAUUGGGACAGAGGUGAAAAGUGUUAAUAAGGUCCAGCAGCCAAGAAAGCACAACAAAAUUGUUGCUUCUUACCAAGCUUUGGAUUGUUUUGAUCCAUUGAGUAAGGAUUUAGGCUCUGGACAGCUUUCAUUGGCAGCAACUUCAAGCUCUUCUAAGGUUUCAGGGUCUCAUAAAGCUAGAACUAACGUUGAAGAUGUCAGAGGCUCACCUUUAGAAUCUGUUACCUCAUCACCUUUGUGGACCUCCAACAUGGACAAGCAUAUUUUGGAAUCAGGGGACACAUCAGAAAAACAUGAUACUAGAAAAGGUGGUCUUUCAAAAAGUUUGAAUAAUAGGGAGGGGAAGUUAUCAGUAAAAAUGAAGGAGAGAAUUUCAUAUGACAUUCAUCCUGCACAUGGUAAUUAUGGAAGCAGUUCGCAUCAUGAGGAGAAAGUGAACAAGAGUAAUAAGGAAGAUGCACUUUCUUGGCAGAAAUCUGGUAGGGUUACAUCAUUACGGGUUAAGGAAAAGGACAGAAUUUCUGGUUCUGAGGUUAGUAGGGAGAAGAUGAAGGUUUCAGCUUCAGAUAAUGAUUUUCACAAAAAUGGUGUGAGUUAUGAGUCAGCAGUUGAUCCAAAUCGUCAUGCUUCUGAUACUGAGACAAGAAAUGAUGUUAAGAACAGUUCUCUGAAGUCUAAUCACAAGAUUGACAACCCUAGUAAGAAAAAUUCUUCAAGGCAUUGGUCAAAUGAAGCUGGAAAACAAACUGUGCUAAAACAAAAAGAUUUUGGGAAUUCAGUUCUGAAAGUGGAUGCUACAUGUAGUACUAAUAGAAAGAUUAUCUCCCAGCAGAACCUGAUUCAGGACUUUGAGAAAGAAAACAAAGCUAAUCAAGUAUGCACUGGAUCAAGAGAUGGGAAAGCCAAAGUGAUCACAUCUUCCGAGGAUAAAGUGAAAAGGGAAACAUUAUAUGUGGGUUCUAGAACUGCACCUGAGUCGCAAAGGGGAGAUAUGUCUGAUGGGCACCCAUUCCAUGCAUCUGGCAAUGAUGUUCCCAAGUUUGUGAGAAAUCCAGUUGAUGUUAGUUGCAAGGUUGGAUUUAAUUGCAGUUCAGAAAGUUUCAUACCUGAUGGACAACUCAGUGAGUCAGGUCCUGUGACAACAAAUUCUAGCAAAACUGCCACUAGCAUUCUGGAAGAAGCCACAAAGCUAAAAGAUUCUGCAGAUCAUUAUAAGAAUUCUGGGUUUGAGUUUGAAAGUAAUGAGACUUAUUUUAAAUCUGCCUUGAAGUUUCUGCAUGGAGCAUCACUUCUAGAAAGUUCUCAUGGUGAGAGUAGCAAGCAUGGAGAGGCGAGUCAAAUGCAAAUAUAUGCCACUACAGCUAAACUUUUUGAAUCCUGCGCCCAUAAAUAUGAAAAACGCCAAGAAAUGGCUGCAGCUGCUUUGGCAUAUAAAUGCUUGGAGGUGGUAUACAUGAGACUGGUUUACUGUAAACAUUCUAGCAUAAACAGGGAUCGGCAUGAGUUGCAAUCAACUCUACAAAUGGUUUCUCAAGGUGAAUCUCCUUCGUCUUCUGCAUCUGAUAUUGAUAAUUUAAAUAACCUGGCGGUAGCGGACAAGGCUACUUUGACAAGGGGUUCUAAUACUCAUGUUCCUAGCAAUCAAGUCAUAUCUGCUCGGAAUCGCCCAAAUAUUGUCAGGCUUCUUGAUUUUACUCAAGACAUAAAUCUUGCAAUGGAGGCUUCUAGAAAAUGCAAGACCACUUACAUGGCUGCUAGUUUGAACAUGGAAGAUUCAUGGAAUAGGGAUUGCAUAACUUCUAUUAGGAAGGUUGUUGAUUUCAGCUUCCAAGAUGUAGAUGAGCUUGUACAUUUGGUUUUGACUGCAACAAAAGCAAUUACUUGUGCUGGUCUUGGUGGUGUUAGAGAUUAACUUAGUACUGUAUAUAAUAUAAUGUUUUUUUGGGUUUCUCUUCUCUACUGAGAAGGUGUCCUGAAAGGAAGUGGCUUAAGGGUAUCUACCUAUGCUGACACCUGGAAACCUGCAAAGAGGGCAGGUCACCCACAAUAUGUUAUACCCUUAUGUACAUGUGUACAAAAUGAGAUUAUUAGCAAAUUUUGGAAUGUAUUUUUAAUUGCUCAGGUUCUUAUUUGUGAAUAGGAGCACAAUUCUCUCACCCUUAAAUUUAUGGGUUAGAUUGUUAGAAAGAGGGAAGUGAUUCCUUCUUGUUAAUUAACUGAGGAUGGAUAUCAUGUAAUUGUUCAGUGCUACAUUCUUUGCUCCACUGAUUUGGAGCCCCAGAAAAAAAGAAAAUAAAAUCUGGAAAUGUUAGGCAACCA